UAACGGCUCAUAUCACACGACGCAGUUAUCACGGGGACUUCGAAAAAAAAAAAUGUCGUUUCCCAAAUAAAUAAUAACAUUCGAUGUCGAAUAUUACUGUCCGGCCUUGCAAUCACCGUUGCAGCGUGAACGCAAUGACCGUUGUCCAACGUCCGCGACCCACCGUUUCUGUUACUAAUGCGAGCGUGCUGCUUCCGGGUGUUCGUCGACGGUGAACUGUGGGACUGCCUGUUGGUUGUGAAACACAACCGGAACUAUGCGCUGUACACGUCCGUCGACCGGUUGCCGUCCGAACUGCAUCCGCUCCGGUUGGACAAUGUCCGCGGCUCCACACCGACGGUGGUGGACGCCAAUUGUCUGGAGCGCGUCAUCAAAGCGUUGGAGUACAGCGACGUGUUCAAACGGUCGGCGUUACGUAGAAUGAACGCAGUCGUCACGCACGUGGUGGACAGCGACAUGGUGAUCAACGUCAAUGACAUCAGUCUGGUACCGUCCAACAGAUAUAGAUUGCCCUACACAUGGUGCGAACUGUACGAGAAAACUGAUCUACAAUACAGAGAAAUGGAAAAUAUAAUGGCUUGGUUGUCGACUCUUGGUGGAGCUUUCUCAUCGUUGGGUGAUCAAACAGAACGCUAUGCAAUUGUUGCUGGGAACAUUUCAAUACAACAAUUGAGAAUUGCAAUGAAAAUCGGCGAUCCAUUGAUUGCUGCCAGAUGUAAGCUAUACGCUGCUAUCAGUCUCAUGCAACGUGGUAUGUUCAAACAAGCUAAAUUCAUUGUUCAAAAUCAAUACAUGUACUUCAAGUCUCAAUUAAAUGUGGAUGAGCGACUUAUCAAAAUGUGUUAUGGUAUAUGGGCCAAAUUACGUUAUGAAAGGAAUAAGAAAAAAUUCAGUUUAAAACUUAUGUGAAAAAAUUUAUAAUUUACUUGAUUGUG